AGAAAAUUCCCAGAAGAAGAAAAAAGAAGAAACUUUCUUCCACCAAAGCUUUUGAAGGAUUCGUCUUUCCACGACAAAGAGAGAGAUUCUGAUAGAAAAGCCAUGUCUAGAUCUCUUGUGAAACGCUUUGUUCCGUAUAUGUCUGCUCGUAUCAAAGAAAACCAUCGGAUGCUUAAUCGUUAUUCUUCCGUUUCUUCUGCUCUCAAAGAAGCUUCUUCUUCUUCUAUGGAAGCUGUUCAUCUUAGCGAGAAUUGCAUCCGGAGGAUGAAAGAGUUGCAAUCUAGUGAGCCUGAGAAGAAGAUGCUUCGAUUGGCUGUAGAAACUGGAGGCUGCUCUGGUUUCCAGUAUGUCUUUGAGCUUGAUCAUACCACCAAUCCUGAUGACAGGGUAUUCGAGAAGAAGGGUGUGAAACUGGUUGUGGAUAAUGUCUCCUAUGACUUUGUCAAAGGCGCUACCAUUGAUUACGUCGAUGAACUCAUCCGUUCUGCUUUCGUGGUAGCUGAGAACCCGGCUGCAGUGGGUGGAUGCAGUUGUAAAAGCUCCUUCAUGGUCAAACUCUGAAUCAUUUUUUUUUUCUUUUUACAUGAGUUAGAAACUUCAUUUGAUCUUUUGUUUAUUUACUUUGUACAAUGUCUCACAAAGCUUUGCUAUGUAACUAGGGAAAAGAUACACAAGCUCUGUAGGCUUUCUGAGCUCAACACAAUCAUUUGUUCAAAGUAUUUUUAAACAACAAUAAUAAUGGAAUGGUUA